CAGGGGGCGGGGGUACACCGAGAAGCGAGACGACCGCACGCCGAGAGGAGGGGGCUGGAAGUCUGAUACCGCUUCCACCCUGAGAGGGGGCCGCCGGUUUGGCCACUGCACCCCCGGACUAGCUAGCUGUGUACCCCGCGCUGCUAAGUUAAUGGGAUGGAGCCGGGACCGUCUGGCGAUGUGCCCAUGGGGGAAUUCCCCCCACCCCUGCAGCAGGUGUUCCAUGCCCCUCGCCGGCCAGGAAUGGGCACCGUGGGCAAGCCCAUCAAGUUGCUGGCCAACUAUUUUGAAGUUGAGAUCCCAAAGAUGGACGUCCACCACUAUGAGGUGGACAUUAAGCCCGACAAGUGCCCACGACGAGUCAACAGGGAGGUGGUGGAGUACAUGGUGCAACAUUUCAAGCCCCAGCUAUUUGGCGACAGGAAGCCGGUGUAUGACGGCAAGAAGAACAUCUACACUGUGCUCCCACUCCCAAUCGGGAGUGAGAAGGUGGAUUUUGAGGUGACCAUCCCAGGCGAGGGUAAGGACCGAAUCUUCAAGGUGUCCAUCCGUUGGCUGGCCAAGGUUUCAUGGCGCCUGCUGCAGGAGACUCUAGUCAGUGGCCGCCUGCCGGUCCCCCUCGACUCAGUUCAAGCCCUGGACGUGGCCAUGCGCCACCUGGCCUCUAUGAGGUACACUCCAGUGGGCCGCUCAUUUUUCUCCCCACCUGAAGGAUACUACCACCCACUGGGUGGGGGGAGGGAAGUCUGGUUUGGCUUCCACCAGUCUGUGCGCCCCGCCAUGUGGAAGAUGAUGCUCAACAUUGAUGUGUCCGCCACGGCCUUCUACAAAGCCCAGCCUGUAAUUGAGUUCAUGUGUGAGGUUCUGGACAUUCGCAACAUCGACGAGCAGCCGAAGACUCUCACAGACUCACAGAGGGUUCGGUUCACAAAGGAGAUUAAAGGCUUGAAGGUGGAGGUGACACACUGCGGCCAAAUGAAGAGAAAAUAUCGCGUAUGCAAUGUCACCCGACGUCCUGCCAGCCAUCAGACGUUUCCCCUCCAGCUCGAAAGUGGGCAGACCGUAGAAUGUACAGUGGCCCAGUACUUCAAGCAGAAGUACAAUCUGCAGCUUAAAUACCCCCACCUGCCCUGUCUGCAGGUGGGCCAGGAGCAGAAGCACACCUACCUGCCCCUGGAGGUUUGUAAUAUUGUAGCUGGUCAGCGAUGCAUCAAGAAGCUGACCGACAACCAGACCUCCACUAUGAUCAAAGCCACAGCUCGCUCCGCGCCCGACAGACAAGAGGAGAUCAGCCGGCUGAUGAAGAAUGCCAACUUCAACCUGGACCCGUACAUCCAGGAGUUUGGGAUCAAGGUGAAAGAUGAGAUGGCUGAAGUGACGGGCAGAGUGCUGCCGGCCCCUAUCCUGCAGUAUGGAGGACGGAAUCGUGCCAUAGCUACACCCAACCAGGGAGUGUGGGACAUGAGAGGGAAGCAGUUCUACAACGGCAUUGAGAUCAAAGUUUGGGCGAUCGCCUGCUUUGCCCCCCAGAAACAGUGCAGAGAGGAGGUGCUCAAGAACUUCACAGACCAGCUGCGUAAGAUCUCCAAGGAUGCCGGGAUGCCAAUUCAGGGCCAGCCAUGUUUCUGUAAAUACGCCCAGGGAGCCGACAGCGUGGAGCCCAUGUUCCGACACCUGAAGAACACCUACUCUGGACUGCAGCUCAUCAUCGUCAUCCUGCCGGGAAAAACUCCUGUCUAUGCGGAGGUGAAGCGUGUGGGAGACACCCUCCUCGGCAUGGCCACUCAGUGUGUGCAGGUGAAGAACGUGGUGAAGACGUCCCCUCAGACCCUCUCCAACCUCUGCCUCAAGAUCAACGUGAAGCUGGGAGGCAUCAACAACAUCCUGGUGCCUCAUCAACGGUCAGCCGUGUUCCAGCAGCCGGUUAUCUUCCUGGGAGCGGACGUCACUCACCCCCCGGCUGGAGAUGGCAAGAAGCCCUCCAUUACUGCUGUGGUAGGCAGUAUGGAUGCUCAUCCCAGCAGAUACUGUGCCACAGUGCGAGUCCAGAGACCCAGGCAGGAGAUCAUUGAAGACUUGUCUUACAUGGUGAAAGAGCUUCUAAUUCAGUUCUACAAGUCCACUCGCUUCAAGCCCACCAGGAUCAUCUUCUACAGAGAUGGGGUUCCUGAGGGACAGCUGCCACAGAUUCUUCAUUACGAGCUCCUGGCCAUCAGAGACGCCUGCAUCAAGCUGGAGAAAGACUAUCAGCCAGGCAUCACCUACAUCGUGGUGCAGAAACGCCACCACACACGACUCUUCUGUGCUGACAAGUCUGAAAGAAUUGGGAAGAGUGGGAAUAUUCCUGCAGGGACGACAGUGGACACCAGCAUCACUCAUCCCUUUGAGUUUGACUUCUACCUGUGCAGCCAUGCAGGCAUACAGGGUACCAGCCGGCCGUCUCAUUACUACGUCCUUUGGGACGACAAUCGUUUCACGGCUGAUGAGUUGCAGAUCCUAACCUACCAGUUGUGCCACACAUAUGUGCGUUGUACCCGCUCAGUGUCCAUCCCUGCUCCAGCCUACUAUGCUCGUCUUGUGGCCUUCCGUGCCCGCUACCACCUUGUGGACAAAGAACAUGACAGUGGCGAGGGCAGCCACGUGUCUGGUCAGAGUAACGGUCGGGACCCACAGGCGCUUGCCAAGGCUGUUCAGAUUCACCACGACACCCUGAGGACCAUGUACUUUGCCUGAGCUACACUCACCAUCACAACCAUCAACCCCUCCCACCUCAUUUUCUACCUGAGUGGGCAGACAGCCCACCACACCUCAUCCCCAUCCCUUAUUCCCAAUGACUGCCCACUACACACACACACACUCCACAGACCUGCCGGUCAAUCCCCCGAAUCCAAGAAACGUAAAGCCCUUCACCUGUAAAACACAGGCAGACUCAACAGCGCUCAUGCACUCAAAAGGUUAUGAAUAUUAUUAUUGUCAUUUUGUUAUUUUUACUUCUCCAGGACUCUAUUGCUCUUUUUAUGUUGAAUUUUUAAAAAACAUGGUUAUAAUUAUGUAAUUGUAUCGCAUCGCUACCUUCACACUCCUAUGUAUAUAAGUAUGCAAAUACGGAUGGGAGGAAAUAGGCGAUAAAACGAAAGAAAAUCCUGAACAGAUUUGAAACUGCCACCAAGAUGCUGCCUCUUAACCCAUCCGAACACCGGAUGCCAGUGUUCCCAGUCCCUGAGUACUGGGAUCCUCCAGAGGGGUGGUACUGGGCAUGCACACUUACAUGUAUCAUUUUAACGUUACCAUGAACUACAUUCAUGUUUUUUUAUGUUUUAUGAAUAAUGUAAUUUUUGUAAUCUGCCUUGAGGAGGUAUGGCACAUUAGCACUUAGUGUUAGCAUGUAGGUGCCACCGGUCCUGCACGUAAGAGUUUGUUAGUACAUGUGAGGCCAGCCCCCUGGUCUUCUCUUUAGCAGAGGCAGAAGAAGCAGGUGUAGCAUAUCGUAGACACAGGAGGAAAGUCCUGCCGUGCACUCUGUGCUGGUUAGCCAGUCCCUUAGAGACUUAGCCUAUAGCAGCGACCUUAGCAUAACAGUAGAGGGACCAUUUGCAUAGAGUGUAUCAAAUAUACUUGCACCCCAUGCACCUAAGCCAGCAUUAUUAACCAGCCAAAAGUGAUGCCAACCAAUGGAAAAGGGGCACUUAAACAGGAAGAUCUUUUAUUUUUGUCUUUUAGGAUAUACGAGGCACUUUUAAUUUCCUUAUUGUUUUGUUUUUUUACUUCCAAAUGGUGAGACUUGCCUGUACUGAGGCUCGACACACACACACACACACACAAACACACACUACGCUAAGGCAAUAGGCAACACUUCUCUGUAGAUUUGAAUACAGGCAAAUUCAGUAUGAAGUCUAUGAUCACUUAAGUGCUGCAGAGCUGAACUCUCAUUCAGCGAUUGACCUUGCUCCGAUCAUUCUGCACAUUCCUACUCGGAUCGGUGGAGAUGACGCCGGCUUCCACCCACGCACCUCUCUGCGUACCUGUUCACAGCAUCCUGCACAUGUCCCAUUUUUAUACCAAGCUCUUUCCCUCUGCAGGCAGUUACAACUCACAGCCUGGAUAGCAGAAGCACCCCCCCCCCCCCCCCCGCCCUGUCAGUCUCUCUCUCAGCAUGUAGAGACCAACCUCUUCAACUGCACUUGUCCCCCUUUAUUUCCCUCCAAAGCCAAACUGUCACUUGUCACCUUUUCCAUUGUCACCUCGUCUUCUCACUUUCCCUUUGAGCCUGCAGCAUCCCCUGCCCCAAUCCCUUAGCUCGUGUUCGCCAAUCCCCCGUUGGUGCUCUGUGUGCAUGGGCGACACAGAUAUGGGAUUGCUAAUUUGGACAGGGUGGGCCACUAUGAAUUCUUCUUAAUACGCCCUGCCUCUACAUCUCGUCACUUUCUGGAUUAAUGGAAAAAAAACUGCAUGUAAUUAUUCUCCGACUGGAUAUGUUGAGCCACCUUAUUUUGGUUUUCAUAGAGGUAGGAGCCACGCGCUCACCACUGCCUGUCAGUCCUUUUGCCUCGAUUGUGUAAUGGUUAUUAAGACUGCUUUUUCUUUCGUUAUUAUUAUUAUGAAUAUUAUAAAUAUUGUGACUAGAGUCAGAGUGUGUCCUCAAGAGGGCACUGUGGAGACGGUCUCAGAAUUCCACCUCAGUUGCCCUUUAAGCGCCUCAAAUCUUGUCUGAUGGUCGUAGCCCCUUUGAGCUGAAAGGGAUCGAAAGAUAAGAGAUCAGAUGAGUUUGAUUUUUAAAACAUGUUUAUGAACGUAAAUAAUCAAAAUGCCUUUGUACUGAUCCUUCAUUGUGUCCAAGGUGAUUUGUAUAUAUAAAUAUAUAAUUGUAACCCGUUCUGUAUUUUGGCUCACCAGUUGCCGGGCCUUUCACAGUCGGGGCCAGUGUUCCCCUCAUUCUGUGCUUAAAAAAAGAUUAAAAAAAUAAUUCAGACUGGGGUCAUUUUCCCAGCACAACUGAAACCAGAUGCAGUUCUUCAGUCACUGAAGCCACAAAGCACCUUGCAAAGGGGGAGACCAAAUGGCAGUCACCCUGGAAAUGCAUCAUGUGGACACAGGAGAGUCCACGUCCUCCACACAGCCUCACUGUCUGACGAAGCAAUAUUGAAGCCACUGAUCAACAACAGUUCUUGUCAUAGCACUUCCCAGUAGAUUUGAAUGAAAUGAUGCAGAAGCAUAUUAUUUCGGCUCUGUAUGUGAUAGUAUGGGAGCUCUGUUGGGGAGGGUUAUUUUUUAAAGAAAAUAAAUUUGUUUUUUAUUA